UAGUCUACAUAUUACGUCAGAAAAAACCCGAAAUCAACCAAUGUCGACAAGGGCAUGAUUUGUAUUAUCAACCAUACCACAGUUCAAUGUGUUGUCUCUCAUUCCAUGAUUACUUGGUAUCCAGGAAACAUUUAGAUAACGUUGUGCUGUUUAAGUGAAAGACAUAUUAGGCCAAGACGUCUAGUCCAUAAUCCAUUGGAAUUUUAAACGUCAUCGGAAUAUAUAUAACACCAACUGGGAGACUUCCACUCAAAUAUUGGUUGUCCGUGCAUAUGAAAGAACUUUGAUGAAUAUUUCUAAAAUUGAAAUUUGAAGCUACCCCCAUGGAGCCCGACAACCAGGUACUUGGUGUGUACGCCGAUGCGCUGACGACUGUGAUAAAGAAACACGACCUCACUACAAUGACUAUGGAGUUGAUCCGAACGAGAUUCCAACUAUUCACGGAUCUAUUGAACGCCCAGGUGGAAGGCAUAGAGGUCAUACAAGUUGGAAGUUCUUACGAUGAUCUACAUCUGACCCGGGUGUUAGACCAUAACGGCUCUCAUGUGUUCUUUCCGGAAUUAGAUUUCGACUUUGACAUGAUCUACCUUAACUAUAUUGUGGCAGAAAGCAACUCAUCUUCAAAUGAUCAAUACGACGCAGAAAAAAUCAGCAGCGUUCAAGAGCCGGACGACGCCAACGGAAAACAGCAAACCGGAAGUCCCAUAGGUGUUCCUGCAAAAGAACCGAAAGCACCUUUCGCUAUUAUAGAAUCGACACCAAACCCCGGGUACGUUAAGCUCCGUGUCACCCCCCAUGGCCGGCAGAUGGUCAAAAAACCCGGAUGUGUUAUCGGUAAUUUUAUAACAUCAGGCGGUUACCUCCUCAACACUGCAUUUACAUCAGAAUUUGUCGCCGAGAAUGUAAAUACAGAGAUUAUAUACUCCCGUACGGAUCAAUUGGUGACUGAAACCUUAAAAGAGACCGGGAUUGACUCCCAGGGCUACACUCCCAUAUACACCAAAAGUGGCCCCGCCAUCACAGAAAUCGAUAAGGCCGGUGAGGGGGUCACAUAUGACUUCGUACAUGCGUUUCCCUGUCUCACCUGGCCGACCGUGGCGAAAGGAUGGGCGGACAGAGCACGGAAGUGUCACUGGCCAGGCGAAACUCUCAUCCAGAAAAUUCCUCAAGAUGGUUGUCUUCUGGUCGCGAUGGGGAGUCACCAGAGCAGCGACCCGACAGAGGAAUGGAGAGUCUCCUUUGUACGGGCUGAACGCGUGUUGUCCCAUUCGUUGUCCGAUCUCCAGAAAACUUGCUACUCUGUUGUCAAGGUGAUGUUAAAAUCCAUCCUGUCUGAUCGAGCCGUUCUGACGUCAUACCAUAUGAAAAACACAUUCUACUAUUUGUGUGAGGAGGUCGCGUCCGCCUCCGGGAGCUGGACUUUGGACUCUCUUGGGGAUAAGAUCAUGCAGUUCCUUAAAUACAUCGCUGUGUCCCUCCAUAUACACAGGAUACCACACUACUUCCUCCCCCCUCUCAAUCUCAUUGGUCACUAUUCCAAGGAUGACGUAGAGGCUACGAAGAAAGAGGUGGAAGGUCUUAUUAGAAAACCGUUUACGGCAUUGAUGGAAGCGUGUGAAAAGCUUGAAUGUUUCAGCGUUAUUAAGUUAAGUCAGAAAUUCGGUCACUUGCAAGGAGAGUUGAAACCCAUGCUUGUCAUCUAUAUGUUUAGUGUAGAGACCCUAUGGAACCUCGGCUGUAUCAAUAUCGGAGAAGACCUCGCUAAAAUGUGCUUCCAGAAAGUCGUCAAGCUGAACGCUGUCACUUCCGGCUACGUUAAGAAGAGCUCUAGGCCAAAUACCUUCACAGCACUGUCCGUUCCAGCCCUUCUGAAGCCACUUGCCCAUGCGUACUCACAGCAAGGUGACUGCGACAAGGCUCUGUGGCUGUUCCUUGCAAUUGAAGAAAGCGACCCCGAAUUGGUCGCAGCGUCGUAUACAAAUGUUUUGAGUAACAUUGCAUGUUUAUACGGCAACAAAUCAACGGAAUGCGAUGAGACAACGAAACAUGCAAUGUCUGAAUACAAAGCAAAAGCAGUCCAGUAUUUCGAAAAAGCUUUAAGUCUCAUAUACAACUCCCCCAGCCUUCAUCUUAUGUAUGGAAAUUUUCUCAUGGACUGUAAGAAACCAACACUGACAGCAGUCAAACAAUUUGAGAAGGCCGUAGCUAUAGAGACCCCUUGCGAUGACGACGACGCGCUGAUACAACUGACCAUCCCGGGGGCCCGGGAUCAACCCUCUCAUCCUUGCUACGUCCCGGGACAGGUGGCUGCCUACUACCUCCAAGUGCAAUGCUGGGUGGAAAUGCUGGACACAUUCCAGGCUCGAAGAGUUUGCAAACAGUUCGAAGAGUUCAUCAGAGAAAAAUGCAUUCUAAAGCACAAGGUUGUAGCCUGUCAACUUUGUGCAAUCAGCUACAAGCUGGCUGGACUUAGUGUCAAAUCGGCACUCGUGUCGGCGGAAAUGGUCAAACACGGACGUGUGGGCUAAGCAGAUCCAAAUCCAGUCUGGGUCAAGGUCAGGGUUAAACGGUUUGGGGGAAGUGGUCAGAAAAGAAACUUCUAUAAUAAAUCUUUCCUUUUUUGUCAAAAUUUCUAGUAGUGGUGAAAAAGCUGGGACGGGUCCAUCCCGUAAACAAUUAACAACUUGUUGGCACGGAUGUCAUUCCCGAAAAACUUGAAAAUUGUACGUGUUUUUAAUAUCUACUUGAAUGCUAACACCAUAACAGUUUAACUGAUUUGUGACGUCAGAUUAUAUUUACAAAGUGACCUUGACCCAAUGUUGACACAAAAUGACACCAGUAGCGCGUACAAUAUGACUGGGAUAACAGGAUAAAUGGGUUUUAAACAAAACAAAAAGAUUUAUACAUAAUUGGCCUUGAUUACAUAUGGGAAACAGAAAUAAAUGAUGAUAUGUGUUAUAAUGUUAUUAGAGAAAGACUUAUUGAUAUAUAUAGACAAGAAUGCAACGAAAACGUAAGAACAUCUUCAAAGGGAUAUAUCUAUACAUAUCUUUAUAACCAGUUCGAUUUACAGUGUUACUUAAGAAAACCAUCAUCUAGAGAAUAUUUGAAAGAGACUACAAAAAUUAGGUUAUCUGCUCAUAAUCUAAAUAAAGAAAAAGGUAAAUAUCAAAUUAUUGAGCGUAGUCUUAGAGUGUGUACUGUAUGUAAUUUAAAUG